AUGAGGGAUAGCAUGCAGGAGGGUUUGCCUAUGCGAGAAAGGCUCUCCCGUGACGAAAAUGUGAACAUUUGCUUUUCCUCUCUAACCAGCAGAACCAUCAUCUCGCCAAAGGGCCCUGCUGCCCAAACUUCUUUGUUUUGAAGUAGCAGCACCAUACCCAACAGCAUCACCAUCGUCGUCCAUCCCCUUCCGUACCUUCCACGCAAAUGUUGUUGGGCCCUUCAAAAUUAACACACACAGUGUCCCUCCAUCCUUUUGGCCUGCUGCUGCUCCAUACUUUUAAAGUCGUCUCUUCGGUUGAAGCAACAUCAGCACUAUUUGAAUACGAACUUUAAACAAAUUGUGAGACAAAAUACCUACAUUUUUGAGCUUACAUGUAUAAUUAUGCUCAAAGUUUGAGUGAAAUGCACAAAGUUAACUUGUGCUGAUUCGAGACGAAGCAUUUUGCCAUAAUAUAUAAUACAGUAAUGUAUUUACUUUCGCUCAUAAUAAUAUCGAGAAAGCAGAGCAGCGUGUUUUUAUAUUAAGCAACGGAGAACAGAUAUGACGAUUAGAGAAUCCAACGAGCAUGCCAACUUUCAGAGGUGAACUUUUGGGAAUUUUUGCAAAACUCCAGCCGCAACAGCAGUCCUAUUGUGCAUGCGGGUGCCUUGCAAGUUGUGUUGCAAUUUUCGUGAUAUGAUGUCAGAGGUUCAGUAAAAUGAACCAUUAAUAUUUUUCUAAACAGCACGCUUCUUGGGAGCAAAAUUACAUUUAAACAUUUCGUGAGUGCAUGAGUAACGCAACCUGAAUCCACCGUGAACGUAAUAAAGUGAAAGCUCAAAUUAUUUAGUAAUUUCGGAUUAACUUAUUCAAAAUGUUGACAUAUGUGCAUCUGUAUGUAUUGAGAUUUUAAUAGUUCUAAAGUUGUAAUUAUUCAUCAAAUAAAACCUUGUGCAUUAACUACGCCUAAAACUAGUGCCAGGACAAAAGUCUAAAAUAAGUGACUAAUUCGCCAACCGGCAGCGGCCUUAAUACACCGGUGUACGUUAGCUCAAUUUAAGCGUUGCAGGACAAAAGUUACGGAAAUGAACGCCACAAGAAAAGUAAAGCUGAAAGACAUCAGCAGCAACUUAUCAUGUAAUUUAUGUCGAGGAUACAUGAUUGAUGCAACUACGACUAUCGAAUGCCUCCACUCUUUUUGCAAAAGCUGUAUCGUGAAACACUUGGAGAGUAGUGAGUACUGCCCAGUUUGCGAUGUCCAGUUACAUUCGACGAAACCAUUGUCAGGAAUACGAUCGGAUCAGAUGCUCCAAGAAAUUAUUUACAAACUUGUACCGGGUAUUUUUACAAGGGAAAUGGAGAGAAGAAGGCAAUUCUACAAUACACAUCCAAACAGUAUUCCUACAUCUCAGCUCGACUCUGGACAAAUCUUCAAGCAACCUUACAUAACUUCUGGUGACAAGAUUAACAUUUCCAUGGAAUGUUCCUCCACCGACAAGAAUGUCCAAGAGAACAGCAGAAGGUAUUUGCAAACUCCUGCCGGAGUGAGCGUCAACGUUUUGAGGCAAUGGGUGCAAGGAAAGUACGAGCUGCCUAAAGAUGCAGACAUUGAAGUGAUGUAUGGUGAAAGAGUCCUCCCGCACGAAUUUCUUCUUAUGGAUAUUGCGUACAAAUAUAGUUGGACUGAGAGCAUGACAAAACCACUGCAACUGACGUAUCGAGUUAGAGGCACUCCAAAAUUGACCUGUUACGCACAUCCCUAUCAAGCAACAUCGCCAACCAAACGAAAAGCAAGAUCCUUGACAGACUCGGAAGUUUUGAAAUCGUCCAAUGUUGCAAACUCAUUGGGAUCAACCAUACCUCAGUUGCCUCAGUUGAAACAACUUGUUUCAAAUGGGAAAGUCAAUGGCAAAAAGAAACUGUCCUCUGAAAUAAAUGCAGCGGAGAAAGUGGACGUGAAAAGAAAGAAGAUGAGUAAUAAUGCAGUCAAGAUCGACUUUAAGGACAUGGAGUCCCAGUGUACUGAAGGAACCGAGUUGAAUGGGCACAAAGAGGUUCAGCUACAAAUUAGCGAGUCUGGAGUGAUAAGUGCCAAAAGUAUCAUUUCUGGAAUAGAGAAAAUUAUUGCUCGAGCCGAUUCUAGUGUUGAUCACAAUAAUGAUCAUUUACAUGAGAAAUCCAAAAGCGUCAUUCUUCCACUUGCUCAACCAGGGUCUGAACCAGAAUCUCAAAUCAAGCCUCAAAUCAACGGAGUCAAUUCAAAUGGCAAAAUUAAUUUCAAUUAUGUCAAGCUUAACAUCCCGGCGGUGAAUGGUCAUCUGCUCAAUUCCACUACGCCACCCGUCCACCCGGCCGGAAAAUUGGCAUCGAGUAAAAAAUCCAUCAAGUCAUCUCCAUUACAAAAAACUCUACUUCUUACUCCUACUGACAAAAAACAAGCAGGCCGCAAAGUUUCUUCAAAUCAGGAUACUUCCUUUGAAAGUAAGAAGGCAAACAUGCAAAAAGCAAUUCAAGAUCUUCACAGACAACAUUUGAAUGCUUCAUCUGCAGACAACGUUGUUAAAAAUCAUCAACUGCCAAUGGAGCAAAAGAACGUCAAACAAAAUAUCAACAAAAUGUCGGCUGCUAGUAACGGGACAAAGAUGCCAAUGAAUUCUCAAUCGCUUCUCGGUAAUACCAGUCAUCAUAACCCCUUACCAUUUCCUCUUUCUGCACUGGCAUCCUCAGGAAUGACGGUCAAUCUGAUCCCUUCCAUUGAAGUCAAACAACCCAGUAAUGGAUUUAAAGGAAAAGAGAUUCUCCAUGAUUCGCCACCACCACCACCACCAACAAAAAAGCUCAAACAUCAAACCACGAUAUCAAAUGGAGAAAUUAGAUUCACAAGUCCUAGAAAUAUUUUACCGACGGCCUCUAAACCCAUUUCUACGUGUACACCCUCAGUCGAAGCUUCGCCUACAAAACCUAGAAAAUUUUUCAAAUCUAAACAGUCGGCCGAUGUAGAAAGCCCACGUAAACCCGUGGAUAACAACCAUACUAAUAAUCAUCCCAAAAGUCCAAGUCUAUUAUCAAAUAAUUCUACCAUUUCAACGUCCAAGCAAAACGGAACUUUAUUUUCGUCAAACGGUUUUCAUGGCCAAACUGACUUAAAAUUGAUAAACUCGACAAGCAGCAAUGCGAAAUUGAACCAGACGAUGACCACGCCAUCGCGCAUGGCCACACCGACAACAACUGCUGUACCGUCAGCUUCAAUGUACUCGCCACCCAAUUCGCUUAGUCAAUUUUUCCAAUAUUGGAAUGCACUUCAAUUCAGUUCUCCAAUGGGAGGUCUGCCUCAUCCAAACUUUCUUCCUAUGGUGGCCCCUCUGGUGACCAACAACUUUGCCUCCAUGCCAUAUUUAAACUCGAGACCUUUUAAUGAGUCGAUGGCCUCGUUAAACACAACCUCAACGUAUCCUAUGGUUUGCUCCACUAAUUUUCUUACAAAUCAAAGCGAGUUAUCCUCACCAUCAUUGUCAGGAUUCAAAAAUGGGGUUCUUAAUCUUGAAAAUACGAAUAAUAACGUCGUUGUACCAAAAACUGAAGCUACAGAAGUGCCAUUGCCAAUAAAAAAUAAACAGAAAACCCCAAAGGAUAACAGCACUUCGUUGGACCUGUCAUUAAAGAAAAUCAAGGCCGCAAUUUCAAAGGACAACUUCUCGAAAAAAGAACGACACUCGUCCUCCUUAAAAAAUCAUACAAGUCCUAAAAAUAAUUCUCAAUCCAGUUCAACGCAACAAAAUUUGAACACAAAAUCUCAUCAAGUCAGUGAAAAAGUAGAGUAUUCACAGCCUCAGUCAUCCAACAUCAUUAGCGAUUCGAACGAGGUGUCAGAAAUUUUUGAGAAGCAGUUAUCCCCUGCUCCUGGUUCCUGUACUAGUCCCCCACCAGCAUCAAAUUUUGACUCGGGAGUGGACUCUGGCUCGGGUUUGAGCACCACGUCUGAAAAUUGUGACAAAGAAAUUGAACUAAAUUGUCCAAGUCUGACAAAUAAUGAAGUUGUCGAAUCAAUUUCUGAUGGUAAUUCGAAUCCCUCAAGCGAGGAACCUAAAUCUUCGGACACGGUCGCUACUCACAUUAAAAACUCCACAUUUUCGUUAAAUAAAGAAGAGUCAAUUAAUGAAGAAAAUAUUUGCCGUCCAUCGUCUCCAUCAAAUAGUAAUGACAGUACAGAUUUAGUCAUCAAUGAGGAUUGUGUAGCUGGAUCAUCGGAAACAAACGACACUGAUCCUAUUGAAGGUUCUGAAAUUCUCCAAUGUUCUACUGAUGAAACUAUCCAGAGCGACUCGGGUGUAAAACAAGAAGUUGUUCAUGUUGAAUGUAGUAAUCAUCCUCUUAAUGAAAAAGCCAACUGCAAUGACGACGACGAGUCCACAUUAAGUUCGCCUUGUAACAAUAACAACGACCCACCACCUUCUGCCGACUCCUGCUUGAGUAUUCCUGCAAAUAAAUUGGCAAACAAUUCAGAGUCGUCUACAACAGGUGCCUAAGUCGAAACGAAAUAAACCCUACUUUUAUGACUCGUUAAUUUUAUACACGGGUCAUAAAAUAGUACCCAUCCCUUAAAUUACACCUUGUCAGAUUUUCAAUUACUCGGGCCCCAUACACAGACAACACGAAAAACAUAUACAUGAGAAAACAGGGAAGCCAUUAGGGAAAGAUCUAACGGUUUUGCAUAUUAUAAAAGCAACGCUUAAUUUAUUGUAGCAGUAAUUUCGUUUUGAAUGAAAAAUAUGUGAAGUGAAUCAUUUAGUCAUUUCCACGUUAUCUGAAUUUAGAUAUUCCUUCGCUUCCUUUACUUGUUCGCUUGAAAAGAAGACUGCUGAAUUACAUAUUAUUCAGAAUGAUCAUGAUCUUGUAUUAAGAAAGAAAGGUAUCCCUUAUUCCCCUUAUAAUAAAUAUAUAAAUAUAUCAUAUAUAUAAAUGUAUUUAUAUACGAAUACAUACAUACUUAUAUGUACAUCCAUAUCCCUGACCAUUUAUUGUGAUCAAGAUAGAAACAGAAAUUCCUCUUAUGAAAAAUAUGUGAUUGCAAAAAAUGUCUAUUUCUAAACUUGCAAAGCAACUCUUGGCUUUAGAUUGCUGUCUCCUUUCACUUCAUCAUUAUCGUAUAUAUUAUAUGCUCACAAUUCUCUAGAAGGUAUUUGCAGCUUCGUACUUACUAUAUAAAACAGGGUAUAAAACUUUAUAUCAUGAAGGAUUUAUGAUUGAUAGUACAAUAGCAUUUUGAAGAGUAUGAAUGACUUAUCAUCCGUAAUCUCUAAAAUAAUCUCUAAAAUAUCUUAUUGCCAAACUGUACCAAUGAAGAGCUCGUUAUGAUGCAUCCAUGAAUAUGAAAAUAUUUAAUCAAGUGUUCACUGUUAAGAAAUUUUAUGAGACAGUAAAAUAAAUAAAUUAUUGCUGUUGAAUCGUACAAACUAA